AUGGCGGGGUUAAGUCAGGGAAGGUCAUAUCAUAGGCAAUUGUUUGAUAUAUUUGAUUUUAGUGAAGAUGAUAGUUUGUUCGCUGAAGAUGUGGAGGAAGAUGAAUCAGCUGGUGAUCAAGAUAUGAAUGAAGGAGGCAUUAAAGCAGUAGCAAAUACUAAUGCUAUUGAAGAAGGUCCUUUAACAGGGAUGUUAUUUCCUUGUAUCAGCACUAUGUUCAACUUCUAUAAAGAACAUGCUAGAUUGAAAGGUUUUAGUGUUUUCAAAAGAUCAGCAGUUAAUGUACGGGGUGGAUCUCGUAAAUAUCAAACAAUUAGUUGCGAUAAAGGAAGGAAAGCAAUUGGUGCGAAAUCAUCAAAAAGGAUAAAUUGUCCUAUAAAGAUUAAUGCAAUCUUAAGAGAAAAUGGAAUGUGGCAGAUUUCAAAAGUUAUUUCAAGUCACAAUCACGAACUGGAACCUUCUAUGUCUAGAUUGAUGGUUGCUCACAGGUCACUGAAUAUGGAUAUGAAGAGGAGAUUGGAGGCAAACGAUAUAGCUGGCAUAAGACCUGCAAAAAGCAUUAGGUUGCUUGAAGUUCAAUCAGGUGGACCAAAAAAUUUAAGCUGUUUAUCAAAGGAUUGUCGAAACUUCAUUGAGCAAAAGAGGAGGCUACGACUUGGUGAUGGUGAUGUUGAGGCUAUACGUAAGUUGUUUGUGAGAAUGCUUUCAAAUGUUCUAUGGGUUCAUCCUCGUAGUCGAGCUGCUUAUGAGGAAUUCAAUGAUGUUGUUAGUUUUGACACUACUUACCUUGUUAAUCGAUAUAAGUUACCAUUUGCCACCAUUGUUGGAGUAAAUCAUCAUGGGCAAUCUAUUUUAUUAGGAUGCGCCUUGAUCUCACAUGAAGAUGUAAACACUUUUAAGUGGUUAUUCAUGACGUGGCUUGAAGCAAUGGAAGAUGUUCAUCCUAAUUCUAUUCUUACAGAUCAAUGCGAGAGCAUGAGGAAAGCCAUUAGGGAGCCAACUGAAGAGGGAAGGCGUGAAGCAGAUAAUGAGCUUGGAAUUGAGAGACAUAAAAUUAUGGAGAAAUCCAUAAUCAACAACUGGUUUCAUAGGGAGUUUGUUUAUGAUGUAGAUUACAGGGAAAAUGGCCAAUAUUUCAGCUGCAAUUGGCACCCACAUAUGACAGAGGAGUUUGAGAAAUACAGGGAGAUGGAGAGGUUAUUUCAAGAAGCAUCCGAUUUGGCUUACGAUGACAAUAAGAUCAAAUUUGUGAAACAACGGUUGGCUGAAUUGAAGUGGGAUUUAUUGAGCUGGAAUGAUGGAAUGAUUGCUCCUACUAGUAAUGCAUAG